GGCAGUCGCGUGGUCCCCGCGCGGCUCCAUAUUGCGGCGGCACCGGGGUCGGGGGGUUCCCGGCGGGGCUCGGGGGCGCGCAGAUGGCGACGCAGGUGGAGGCGCUGCUGCCCGGCACGGCCCCGCUGCUGCCCGCCGAGGAGCGCGCCCUGGUGCUGAAGCCGCCGCAGGACGGCGGCCGGGAGAAGGGCGAGCCGCCCAUGGGCCCCGACGGCGGGCCGGCGGCGCCGAGGCCGCCGAGCGCCAAGCAGCAGAAGGAGGAGAGCAACAACCAGGAGAAGGAGAGCCUGCUGAGGGCCGGCGGCGAGGCGGAGGACGGCGGCGAGGCGGGCGGCGCGGGGCGCCGGGAGUUCAUCGAGGCCCCGCCGCCCAAGGUGAACCCCUGGACGAAGAACGCGCCGGCCGUGAACGGGCAGUCGCCUCCCGAUAUAUUUCCAACUGACGGCCAGUCUGAACUUACAACUCCAGCGAAAGUGGUGAGGGCUGCCAACCCGAGACAGAGGAAAGGAAGCAAGGUUGGUGACUUUGGUGAUGCCACAAAUUGGCCAACACCUGGAGAAAUAGCCCACAAGAGCAUCCAGCAGCCACACAAAGCACCGUCCCUGCGGAAGCUGCCUGUCAAGAAAGACAUGAAAGAGCAGGAAAAGGGGGAUGGGAGUGAUGGCAAGGAGAGCCUGAAAACCAAAUCAGAUGAGUCUGGGGAAGAGAAGAAUGGUGAUGAUGACAACCAGAAGUCAGCCCAGAAGAAGAAAGGCAACAAACACAAGUGGGUCCCUCUGCAGAUAGACAUGAAGUCAGAAGUGCCUAGGGACAAAACAGCCUCUCGGAACAACCGGCAAAAUGAGCAGCACAGGCACCCCUCCAACAACCGCAGCGAGCUCAAAGGCUGGCACCCUGACAACAAGCACGAGCGCAGCUGGCAGGACCAUGAUGAGACCUCCAGCGUGAAGAGCGAGGGAGGGGCCGUGCGAGGAACCUUCCGGGGCCGAGGCCGUGGCCGGGGCAGGGGCCGUGGCCGUGGCAGAGGAGGGCACUUUGACUACCAGUACGGAUACCGGAAAUUCGAGGGCUCGGAUGGCUCCCGCACCCAGAAGUACGCCAGCAACAUCACCUACUACUUCGACAACAUCAGCAGUGCUGAGCUCUACAGCGUGGACCAGGAGCUGCUCAAGGACUACAUCAAGAGGCAGAUAGAAUAUUACUUCAGCGUGGACAACCUGGAGCGAGAUUUCUUCCUGCGCCGCAAGAUGGACUCGGACGGUUUCCUGCCCAUCACGCUGAUCGCCAGCUUCCACCGGGUGCAGGCACUGACCACCGACAUCAGCCUCAUCAUCAAGGCUCUGAAGGACAGCAAAGUGGUGGAAAUUGUGGAUGAGAAGAUCAGGAGAAAAGAGCAGCCAGAAAAAUGGGCUCUGCCUGGCCCUCCUAUGGCAGACUACACACAGACAGACUUCUCACAGUUCAUCAACUGCCCCGAGUUUGUGCCCCGACAGAGCUUCCAGAAGGAGACUGAGUCCGCUCCAGGCUCCCCACGUCCUUCCAGCCCAGUCCCCACCAAAACAGAGGAGGUCAGUAACCUGAAGACAAUGCCCAAGGGCCUGUCCACAAGUCUGCCAGACCUGGAUUCAGAGACAUGGAUUGAAGUGAAGAAGAGACCCCGACCUUCCCCAGCCAGGCCCAGGAAACCAGAGGAGUCAAAGACGCCGCAGCAGCAGAAGCAGAAGGACCAAGAUGAACCUGAGGAGCUCGACUUCCUCUUUGAUGAGGAGAUGGAGCAGAUGGAUGGCCGCAAGAACACCUUCACCGACUGGUCAGACGAAGACUCUGAUUACGAGAUCGACGACCGCGACGUGAACAAGAUCCUCAUCGUGACGCAGACCCCUCCGUACCUGCGCCGGCAUCCCGGCGGGGACCGGACUGGCAACCACACUUCCAGGGCUAAAAUGAGCUCGGAGCUGGCCAAGGUGAUCAAUGAUGGGCUGUACUACUACGAGCAGGACCUGUGGACAGAGCAGUUUGAGCCGGAGUAUUCGCAGAUCAAGCAAGAGGUGGAGAACUUCAAGAAGGUGAAUAUGAUCAGCAGGGAGCAGUUUGACACCCUGACCCCAGAGCCCCCUGUGGAUCCCAACCAGGAAGUCCCUCCUGGUCCCCCCAGGUUCCAGCAAGUACCUACAGACGCUUUGGCCAACAAGCUCUUCGGAGUCCCUGAGCCUUCCACCAUCGCCCGCUCUUUGCCCACGACCGUCCCAGAAUCACCCAACUACCGCAACGCCAGGACCCCCCGCACCCCGCGCACGCCUCAGCUCAAGGACCCGACACAGACGCCCCGGUUCUACCCAGUGGUGAAAGAGGGCAGGACGAUAGAUGCCAAGACUCCACGGAAGAGGAAGACGAGGCACAGUUCGAACCCUCCGAUGGAGUGCCACGUGGGCUGGGUUAUGGACUCCAGGGAGCACAGGCCCCGGACAGCCUCCAUCAGCUCCAGCCCCUCGGAGGGGACCCCGGCUGUCGGGAGCUACGGCUGCACCCCGCAGUCCCUGCCCAAGUUCCAGCAUCCCUCGCACGAGCUGCUCAAGGAGAACGGCUUCACACAACACGUCUACCACAAGUACCGGCGGCGCUGCCUUAACGAGCGAAAACGACUGGGCAUAGGUCAGUCCCAGGAGAUGAACACGCUUUUCCGGUUCUGGUCCUUCUUCCUCCGAGAUCACUUCAACAAGAAAAUGUAUGAGGAGUUCAAGCAACUGGCUGUGGAGGAUGGGAAGGAGGGAUACAGGUAUGGUCUGGAGUGCCUUUUCAGAUACUACAGCUACGGGCUGGAGAAGAAAUUCCGGCCAGACAUAUUUAAGGACUUCCAAGAAGAGACCAUCAAGGAUUAUGAAGCUGGGCAGCUCUAUGGGCUGGAAAAGUUCUGGGCCUUCUUAAAAUAUUCCAAAGCCAAAAAUCUGGACAUUAACAGCAAACUGCAAGAAUACCUCAGCAAGUUCAAGCGCCUCGAGGACUUCCGAGUAGAUCCACCCAUGGGGGAGGAAGGUGGACACAAGAGAUACCCUACGACGUCAGGGGGAGAUGGCAGGAAGCGCUACCCAUCCCAGUCUUCCAGCAAAACGGUCAGCCAGUGCCCAUCCAGCCAAGCCCACGCCUCACCCAGCCAGCCUGCACAAGAGGAUGCCAAAAACCUGAGCCAGCAAUCCCCUGCCCCAUCAGCUGCAGAGUCGCAGACAGUGGGGAAGUAGAGGGGCUGCAGCGUCCGCUUCCUGCCGGGGGUUGGGUGGGUUGGUGGGGAAUGGCUCGGAGAAGGGCAGACAUGAGGGGGUGGGACAGGAAGGGAGCUGGAAGGUGGGCUCCCAGGAAUAGGCUGCUUGGGAGAAACUUCAACGCACACGAUUUUCUUCUCUUGUGGCUGGAAAGCAAAGACGAUCUGCAUCCAAAACACCAUUUUGCUAUUACUACCCUGACCAGAGCCAGACCCGCUCCCAGCAGACCCACCCCUUCCCUUCCCUCUCCUCCUGUGCACACACUCAUGUCUUAGUGUCUCUUCAAAAAAAUGUUGUUCUGGCUGGGUUGGAAAGGGGAGAUUUUUUUAUUAUUAUAUAUAUAUAUCAAGUUUUAAAUUAUUGCUAGAAGUUUGUCUGGAUUUACCAAAACAAGUCUGCUCUGUGUGGCCCCAACGAGUCCCCUCUGUGUCCCCCUCGGAUCGCGGGGCAGCCGCUCAGGAAGCUCGGAGGAGCGAGGUUCCCCAGUGGGGGACCGAAGCCACAGCGUGUGACGAUGCUGCGGAGCCUCUGAUCUCCAUGACCCGGCUGGCAUCUCCCAUUCCACGGACGGCGGUGCCUCUCCAACACCGACCUCCGCGACAGGAGCAUCGCCCUGUUCGUUCUCCCGCUCCCUUCUCCCCAACGUCUUCACCUUCCCGAGGGUCUGGCUCUCCCUCUGUCCACCUCUCCCUUCCGUCACGGACAAUUUGGAAGUCAACCAAAGGACCUUUGCCAAGGAUAGGCUUGUUCUGACUCCUUCCUGCGAGGAUGGCUGGUUGGGAGGCUGGCAGGCACCUGGACUCGAGCCUGCGUGGACGGUGCACCCGCUGCCCCAGGAAUGCCCAUCACUUGCAAAGACAGGACUUUGCUGAAGGAGCUUUUCUCUUCCUUUUACCUUGGAAAAAAUGACAUAAACAAAAAAAGAA